GUUGCCGCCUGUUGCUCGAGACCCCUGCCCAGGGGUAGAUUUCUGCCUGCUGCCCGAGGCCCCUGCCCAGGGGUAGAUUGCCUGCCUGUUGCCCGAGACCCCUGCUCAGGGUCUCCAAUCCGCUGUCCAGUCACGGAGGGAGCUCGGCUGAGGCCCCAAGCC